AUGGAGGCCACCACAGCGCUCGCGCUCUCCUCGACGCUCGCCACCGCACGCCGCUCGCCGGAGAAGGCGGCCACUGCAUCCCUCCGCCUCCGCCGCUUCUCCGCUACCACCUCGCUCCACCUGCGCUCUGCCCGGAGCCCAGCGCUUCGCUCCCACCCGUCACCCUUCCAGGGAUGGAGGCGGCGUGGGAGGGCGGGCGGGCUGGUUGUUCGGGCGGAGAUGUUCGGCCAGCUCACCACCGGCCUCGAGUCCGCCUGGAACAAGCUGAGGGGAGUCGAUGUAUUGACAAAGGAAAACAUAGCUGAACCAAUGCGGGAUAUCAGAAGAGCACUUUUGGAGGCAGAUGUAAGUUUGCCAGUAGUAAGAAGAUUCAUUGAGUCUGUAAGUGAAAAGGCCGUAGGCACCGAUGUAAUCCGAGGUGUGCGACCUGACCAGCAGUUGGUGAAGGUUGUGAAUGAUGAACUCGUACAACUGAUGGGCGGGGAGGUAUCAGAUUUGGUGUUUGCAAAAUCUGGGCCAACUAUUAUCUUGUUGGCAGGUCUGCAAGGUGUUGGAAAAACUACUGUUUGUGCGAAGCUUGCCUUCUAUCUAAAAAAAAUGGGCAAGAGUUGUAUGCUAGUUGCUGCAGAUGUUUACAGGCCUGCUGCUAUUGAUCAACUCACUAUUCUGGGUAAAAAGGUUGGUGUACCAGUUUACUCAGAAGGAACUGAAGCAAAACCUUCACAAAUAGCCAAAAACGGUUUGAAGGAGGCAAAAGUCAAUAAGGCUGAUGUAAUUAUAGUGGACACGGCUGGAAGACUGCAGGUAGAUAAAGCAAUGAUGAAUGAGUUGAAAGAAGUAAAAAAAGCAGUGAAUCCUACAGAAGUUCUUCUGGUGGUUGAUGCCAUGACUGGCCAAGAAGCUGCAGGGUUGGUCAGCUCCUUCAAUGAUGAGAUUGGUAUAACUGGUGCUAUACUGACAAAACUGGAUGGUGACUCAAGAGGUGGAGCAGCAUUGAGUGUUAAAGAGGUGUCUGGAAAGCCAAUUAAAUUUGUAGGACAAGGAGAGCGUAUUGAAGAUCUUGAGCCUUUCUACCCAGAUCGUAUGGCACAGCGUAUCCUGGGAAUGGGAGAUGUACUUUCAUUUGUUGAAAAAGCACAAGAAGUGAUGUGUCAAGAAGAUGCUGAGGAAUUACAGAAGAAGAUCUUGAGUGCAAAAUUUAACUUUAACGACUUUCUGAAGCAAACACAAAUGAUUGCACAAAUGGGUUCAUUCAGUCGUUUAAUUGGCAUGAUUCCGGGCAUGAACAAGGUUACCCCUGCACAAAUCCGUGAAGCUGAGAAGAAUCUCAAGUUUAUGGAGUCAGUGAUCAAUGUAAUGACUCUCGAGGAAAGGGAAAGGCCAGAGUUACUUGCUGAAUCACGCGAGAGAAGGAAACGAGUGGCCAAGGACUCUGGAAAAACCGAACAGCAGGUGAGCCAAUUGGUUGCACAACUCUUCCAAAUGCGUGCAAAAAUGCAGAAAAUGAUGGGCGCUAUACAAGGAAAAGAGUCGCCAGAUAUGGACGAGCUCAUGGAAUCAAUGAAAGCUGAGGAGCAGGCUGCUGCCGGUACUGGACGACGUAGAAGGAAGUAUGGCAACCUGAGGCAGCGGCAACUGGAUGCAAUGCGUGGUUUCCGCAGACGGGAUUUGGCUCGGAUUCAGAAGUGGAAAAUGAAGUGCUUUCGGGAAAUUAGAAUGUCAUCUGGAUAUCCUACUCUGGCUAGUCGUGUGCAGCCUUUCUAUUUUGCCAUACUGGACGUAUGCCAAAGUAAAAUUCACCUAAUUGCACCAUCUGAAUGA